UAGACAAAGGGAUCCCAAGUUUCCUUUGGUGCCCAUCUCGAAAACGAAAACAAAAUGGAGGAACAACGAAGUCGAAGGAAGAAGAUAUUCAUCUCAUAAGAGAUUCGUUCGAACAAGAGCAAUGACUCCAUCGUAUCAGCUUCAUUCGAAUGUUUGACUGGUGUUCUAUUGAUGUCUGGGAUUAUUGGGGGUUGUUUAUGAUCUUUGGCUACCCAUUCAACGCGGUAUCGAGAGCAAUCGAGGGGCUUGAAAGCGAAAAGAAUCAUGGGGGACCUUCAGGCAACCAUUGAGAUAGCAGUGGAAUUUUCCUCUUUUCACAAUGUUGACCUAUUCCAAAGAGGGUACUACCAUAUUCGCUGUACUCUGAAACCACCUGAGAAAACAGCCACCAAUGUUGAUGUAGAAUACCAAAGAAGACCAGAUGAACAGUCAGAGGAAGAAUGCCUUUUCCCAGCCCUUAUAUCACCAUCUGGCAUGACAGCAAUUUCUAGAACAAUCCAGAUACUCUACAGAAAUGAAGAAGUCCCUAUCAAUGAUGCCUUUAUAUUCCGUCUUCACUUGCUUGUGGACAGCAAUAAGAUCACCCAGCAGAUUGACAGUGCAGAUGUCCAGCUUUCCCUUGAACUCUUCUUUUCUGAGUCAGAUGUGGGCCCUGAGUCCCCCGAGUCUCUUAUGGGUGUCAGCUCACAGACAUUGAAGCUGCAUCUCUCGUGCAUCAAAGGCAUCCAUCACCAUGUCCCUGUGCUGUUUGAUUAUUUCCACUUUGCAGUAGUAGACACCACUAUCCAUGCUGUGUUAACAGGAUUAAGUCUGCCAGACCCAAGUAUUAUCAAGCCAGUGAAAACUUCCUGGUUUGGUGUUAAAUCAGGACCCCCUCUGCGACAGUCCACCCCACCCUUCUACACUAAGCUCUUUGGAACUAAGCCACCUUCUAGCAUUGAGGAUGCAAGAUCCCCGGCUGACCAAAGACAGAUUCGGUUUGCUUAUGACACUCACAGGUCUCUAUGUAGCACAUUGCUAUCUGCACAAGUCAACCUACUGGCUUAUUUCCAGUGCUUGGCUGAAUACCUGCCUGCCUCAGAACGAUUAGACAUAGGUAAAGUUGUUGAUUUUGGUGAAAGAGUGGAUGGGCUCAUCAAUGGAAUUGAGGCAGCAACAACUCCUAAUGAAAUUUUUGCUCAAAUCUGUGGUGAUCUGAGUAGCAUAAGCUCUGAGAUCUGUCUCGUGUGGUCUCAGUUCCUGGAGUCAUACACUCUGAAUAAGCGAGUGAUACCAUACUUCCGUGAGGAGCACCACAGACAAAGGAUUGGGCAUUUUUCUGAAGCAUUUUUCGUCCAAGAAUACUCAUGGAACGAGCUUCAAAUUCAGCAGGAACAAAGCUUCCAGUUUCACCAAAACCUUGGCCAAAGCAUCAAGAGUUCUCGCUAUUAUCAGAGCAUCCCAGCGCUAGUGGUCGAGAGCCCUUUACUGGACGGAGACGUGACCUCAACGCCUAUCAUCUUCGAGGAAAAGUUCUGUCAUCCUUCGGAUGACGAGCAUGCUUCAAGUAAGGAAGACCUGGAUGAGAUUGACGUGACCAUCAACUGUCAUGAUCACCUUGGUAACGGCGAGGAGGCGGAGGCUGGCGCGGCGGCGUUCUUGGAUGACGAGGAGCUGUUGAUUAUUGAGAAUGAUUUCAUGGAAGAGGAAUCCACCAACGCGGAAACCUCGUUCUUCAAUGCGGGACUUGUGUUAAGGGAACCAGGCCCUCUCGGAAACCUCACCACAGGAAGACGGCAUGUCCGGGAAACAUUGAUUUUGAAUGACAGUAGUGACGACGAAUUUAGCGACGGCGACACUUAUCAGCGGACCGCUGACCAACUAGUGACUCCUAGUGCAGUCAGUGUUACAUUUACGGACGAUUUGGAGCCUGGUACCACAAACGAACCAAGUAAUUCUAAAGAUAAAAUCAAUGGAAGUGAAAAUGUCGAUGGUACCAGCGUCCCUAAGAGUGACUCUGGCGUGAGCCUGCAGUUAGGUACCGCUGAUAAUUUAAUAGGGUAUCCAGGUAUUUGCUGCGAAGAUGAGAAACUCGAGGAAGAGAAAGAUGCUAUGAGCGAAGCAACAGGCGCAAACACAAAGGAGGAAUUCGAAAGCGAUAUUUUACCCAACAGUGAAACCUCCACGUUAGCGAUUGAGACUCGAAAAGAUCUCGAGAGAGACUCGGGUAUUGAUGAGAAUCCUUUCAAAGAGUCGGACAAAUUAUCGGACAACGGACAGGAAUACGAGUUAAAUCGAGAACAAGAAUCCGGAGAUACAAAGGAAAUAGCAUUGGAUGAAAUAGCUUUAAGUGAAACCACUGAGGGUAAAGGUGACUUCAAGAUGGAGAAAGGCAGAGGCUCGGAUUCCAGUGAAGAGAUGUUUUUGCUGGCGAACGAGUCGAUUGAAGGCAAAAGCACCGAGGAGGUGAAAGAAAUCCUCGGGGAUAUCAUAAAGCGUGUUGAGAAGAUAACAUUAGAACACUGUACUAGUCUUAGUUCUGUAAAUCCUUCUGAAGCCGACAAUGCGUCGUUACUAACAACUGAAGAAUCAUCUGUCGUAAAGGUAACAGAGGAUAGGAGCUCAGCAUACUUCGAUUGCGUGACUGAUACGAAGGCUUCAGAUGAAGGGCUAACAGACUGGGAUAGUAUUACUAAGCUUGAUGAAGAAUUGACAAAUAGCGUGACACAACAAGAUGGCGUGACAGAUCGCGAUGAUGCGACAUAUAAAGAUGGUGUAAGCAAUAGAAUGGUGGUGACGGAUAAAGAUCAACCGAGUGACGGAGAUCAUGUGACAGACAAUCAUGACGAGACAGAUACAACUGACAAAGGCCAAGAUUGCGGGACAGAUCAAGGUGGCGUGGCUAAUGGUAUUACAGAUGAUGCCUCAAAUCAGCGGAAUAGGUUGCCGUGGGAAAACAACCUUCUUUCCUACGACGAGCAACGAGUCCACAAACCUGAGCUUUACAACCACUUGACGCGGAAAUCGACAAGAAAUACUGUUUCGUUCGCAACCGGCAGGAAAAUCAAGCAGUCUGCUGACGCUGUUGCAGCAGAUUCUCCAAGCGACAGCAGUGUGUACGAGACGCCUUUGUCUUCCGAGGCGGCGGUCUCUAGCGAGAGUCAGGCGGAGAGCUCGAGUUCAGGCGAAGGUGCAGGUACUGCGGCAAAAGGAAAAAAGUCUGAGACUGACGGACACAAAGGCAAGAAGAAGUUGUUGCAGCAGAAGGGUCUGUCUGCGGUGUCACUAGGUUCCUGUCUGCCGACUAACUGCACCGGGAACACGUCGCCAUCGUUCAAACUCUCGCGAGGAGGCUCUGUGUAUGGUGGCAGCGUUCGAUCAAGGUUUGAAUUAUCUAAGAGAUUCGUUAAGCGGCAGUUGCACUACUCGUGUAGGAUAUACAGUGAUCUACGGCUAGAGCGCAUCAGAGAACCCUACUUCACCGGUGAACGCCCAGAAACUUUAGAAACUCACCUUAUUGUCUGUGUCCACGGUCUAGAUGGAAACAGUGGCGACCUUCGCCUGUUCAGGUGUUAUCUUGAGAUGGCUCUUCCUUCAACAAGAUUAGACUUCUUAAUGUCAGAGGUGAACCAGACCGAUACAUUCGUCACCUUCGAGGAAAUGACCGAAAAGCUUGUUCAGGAGAUCAGACACUAUAUCGAGGCAUAUUCCAUAUUUCCGUCUAAGCUCAGUUUUAUUGGCCAUUCGCUUGGGAACAUUAUUAUACGGUCCGCGCUCACGCAUCCGGACAUGCGCCUCUUCGCGGGAAAAUUUCAUACGCUGCUCUCUCUAAGUGGACCACAUCUAGGCAUGCUCUACCCGACUAGUCCGCUGGUCAGCACAGGUCUCUGGCUGAUGCAGAAAUGGAAGAAGUCAGAUGCUUUACAGCAGCUUUCACUCCACGAUCACACAGACUUGAGACAGACAUUCCUCUACAAGCUCAGCAAGUCCUCAGGGCUGGAGUACUUCAAGAACAUUCUCCUGGUAAGCUCAACACAGGACCACUACGUGCCAUACCACUCUGCACGAAUGGAGAUGUGCAGGGCCGCGGCAAAGGAUAGCUCCGAAUUCGGCACCAUCUACCGUGAAAUGGUCACGAACCUGAUGGCGCCGUUGAAGAGCAAGACCGGGAGCACCUUGGUUCGGUACAGCGUGUACCACGGGCUGCCUAGCUCCGCGAACUCGUUCAUUGGUCGAGCGGCGCACAUCGCAAUGCUCGACUCUGAACUUUUUAUUGAGAAAAUGCUGCUUGUAUCGGCCAUGGACUACUUUAGGUGAUCAAUAUAUCAAAUGACUUCGGUUAAAAGCAAAGUAUUGUUUGCAGAAAUAGAGUACUGUUAGGGAAUUAGUGAGAUAUGCACAAUAGAAACCGAAUUCCAGAUGCAGCAGGCGACGCGUGCUACCGUUGCCACCUAGACAAAGUUUCAAGUUGGCUGAUAAUCUUGCAAGGUCCUCAGUUUUUAUUGACACGAAAUCCAUAACUUGGAGGAAUUCUGUCGUUUUCUGAUGCACAGUGAAGCGCUGGCUGGCUUGUGAAGCUCAUGUCGAUCAUAUAACAAGCUUCUCGUGUUCUGAUUGGCUUUCAAAACUGUCAAUGUGGCCAUGGUAACGCGUCAUACUCUGACAGCCGCUUGAUGGGACGGGUGAUUCCAUGUGUUACCGAGUAACCUUCGUUGCUUGUAGUUUUGAUUUUUGUGACUUUAACUUGUGUCCGGAACAGCAUUUUUCGUAUGACAUACAUUUUACCCAUUUUGUUAAGUGACGUGACGCCGUUCCGUGUCGAAACGUGACUACGCCGUCACACCAUGUCCUCAUGUCAAAUGUAAUUUGACGCUCGCCGUGACCCCGUAUCUUGACAGGCCGUCACGCCUUGUCGUUAUGUAACUUGGGCCUUGUCUCUGGCUGCAUGGUGACCAAAUUGUCACGCCGUUUUAUUACUUGGACAGUCUUAAAAUCAUAAACUUUUUCUGUAUAUGGAAAUGACUUAUUUUACAUAAGACUACAGGGCUUAGAGUCAGAUGUCUUGGCUGGCCCGAGACACACGGCUUUUGUCCAAUCGCGAUUUCUAAUAUGUGCCAUGUUGACCCCGAAAAAGUCGAUUUCCUUACUCAAAAUAAUAUUAAUAAUUCUCAAUUAAUAAUCAGUGUUUCGUCAGGAUUAAUGGAUAGCACAAAGGGGUACAUGAGAUACAAAAUUUUGUGGAGAGGAGCUACCUAUUACCAUGAAAAGCCUUGAAGAAGCUAUUACUCCAGUCUACCAAACUGAAGUGAGAAAAAGCGACCGAGAUCACUCAUAGUGACCUGAAUCAAACAAUGUGUCCAGGAUCAAAUACUGUCCAGGAUCCAAAAAACCAGCAACUUGCGCUUUUUACUUUGCAUUCUGGGAAAUAUCUAUACACGGCCUAUUGGUUAAUGAUAAGAAUAGAACGCCCCUAAUUUUAUUGCUAUUUGAAAAUCAUCUGUUACGCGCAGUUUGUAUAGUUUUAUUAAAAAUAUUAUUAUUG